GAGAUAAUAGCUACUGGAGCAGUGUAAAGUCAUUUUAAGGGGCUUGAAAUGUAAUACAGUACCUUUUCACUUAAAUGGACCCCAGAGUGGUUUGCAAGCUUAGCUUGUGACUUCUUAAAGAGUAUCUCCCUAUACAUAGAAAGGGGUGGGAGUUAGAAUGCCUCCCUUUCACUCAAGAGAUGAUUGAUGAGCAUGUGUCUAAUACCCAAUCCAGACUAACAAGUAAAAGGGGCCAAGCCUUGGUUUUUCUACCACUGAUUACUCCAUACCCACAGGGUCCAGUUCUUUCUUAUUAGAGUUCCUGUGCGUCAAAUGUGUCUCUUAAAAGAUCACUUCAAGGCAAGAAGAGGAUACGUUUCUGAAAACUGAAGGGGAAACCUAAACCAAGAAUUUGCCAUAGAAGCUCAUUCCAGAAGGAAUAUGUCAUCACCGAAAUUGUUCAAAGAUCAGAAAUAUCACACGCUCAAGCAGCAGUGUCUCAAACAAAGGAACCUCUUUGAAGAUCCCGAGUUUCCAGCAUCAGACGAAUCCCUAUUCUAUGAGAGACAUCUGCCUGGGAGAGUGGAGUGGAAACGACCAAAGGAACUCUGCGAAGAUCCCCAUCUGUUUGUGAACGGCAUCAGCUCCCAUGACUUACUCCAAGGGACACUGGGAAACUGCUGGUUUGUGGCAGCUUGCUCCUGUUUGGCUCUUUGGGAGAAUCUGUGGCAAAAGGUGAUUCCAAGCUUUAAGGAACAAGAAUGGGAUCCAAAGAGGCCAGAGAAAUAUGCAGGGAUAUUCCACUUCCGGUUUUGGUGUUUUGGAGAGUGGACCGAUGUGGUCAUAGAUGACCAGUUGCCAACAGUGAAUGGAGAGCUGAUCUACUGCCAUUCCAAUGUGGAGAAUGAAUUCUGGAGCGCCUUGCUGGAGAAAGCUUAUGCAAAGCUGGCUGGGUCUUACGAAGCCCUGGAUGGGGGCAGCGCUGCAGAUGCCCUUGUCGAUUUCACCGGGGCCAUGGCAGAAUCCAUUGACAUGGUACAAGGAAAAUACGGCAUGAAUAUUUCUGAGCAAAUGAAGCUGCUUAAUGACUUAAUGAAAGUACAUGAAAGAGGCGGGUUAAUCAGCUGUUAUAUCUCGACUUCAUCCACCAAUGACCGGGAGGCAGAAACUGAGAGCGGCCUGAUCAUUGGCCAUGCCUACUCGGUGACAGCCAUUCGGAAGGUGCGCCUAGGAAAGAGGUUUAGAUGCUUUUCCAAGUCAGAGAAGCUGUUCAUGAUCAGACUGAGGAACCCAUGGGGCAGGAGGGAGUGGCACGGAGCCUGGAGUGACAGUUCUGAAGAGUGGAAGAAAGUCAGUGAAUCGGAGCGUAAGAGAUUGGGACUCACCAUUAGAAAUGAUGGAGAGUUCUGGAUGACAUUUGAGGACUGGUGCAAGAACUUCACGGAUGUUGACGUGUGCCGGAUUAUGAACACUUCCUACUUUAGUAUCCACAAGACUUGGAAAAGGAGAAUGGUGCGUGGGGCUUGGACAAAGAAUUCAGAACCAUUGCUAAACCGCUCGGGAGGAUGCUUCGAUAACAAAGCCACCUUCCUACAAAACCCCCAGUAUGUCUUCGAUAUCAAGAAGGCUGAGGACAAAGUGCUGAUCUCACUGCAGCAACAGGACCGGCGCAUGUACAAGAAGAUUGGGAAAGGAGACAACUUCUCGACUGGCUUUGAAAUCUUCAAGGUGGAGGACAACAGAGAAUACCGAAUCCACACACUGACAAUACAAGAGAGAGUGGCAACAUCCACAUACGUCAACACACGCACUGUGUUCCUAAAGAAGCUCCUUCAGAAAGGCCGCUAUGUCCUCAUUCCAACGACGUUCCUUCCUGGUGUUGUUUCUCAGUUCAUUUUGAGGCUCUUUACAGAUGAACCAUCAAAACUUAGAGAGCUGAAGUCAGAUAAGCCUACAUGGACAUGCUGGAGCCUCUUAUGUGGUUACCCUCGCAGGGUUACUCAAAUUAAAAUUCACUCUGCGGAGGGCCUACAAAAGCAAGACAGAUCUGGUGGAGCAGACCCUUACCUGACCAUUAAAUGUGAGAAUCAGAAAGUUCGCUCUGCUGUCCAGCAAGACACUGUCAAUGCCAUUUUUGACACGCAAGCAGUUUUCUACAGAAAGAACAUUGACCGUCCCAUUACUGUCCAGGUCUGGAACAGCAACAUCUUGUGUGACCAGUUCCUUGGACAAGUGCUGCUGGCAGCAUCGCCCAGUGACCCCAGAGAACAGCAGACUCUGCGGCUCCAAGGGAAAGGCGGCGGCGAAGCAGACGAAAUGCCGGGUCACAUCACCGUCAAGGUUGUUUCCAGCGAUGACUUUAUGGAGCUAUGAAUACCAAAGCCCUGUGGACCCAGACAAAGCUGUCACCUCGCGGCUGGGGGCCUUGUCUGUGCUUUCAGUGUGAGUGACUUGGGAGCAAAGAUUGCACAAAACCAUAAAUCAUUUUAAAAGAAAAGCCCCUUUGUUCCCCAUCUCAGCACAGCUAUAAGCGGGAGAGGCUUUUAUACAGAAAGAAAAUAUAUCAUGCAGCAACUAUAGUAGUAGGGGGCAACACUAAUUCAGUGACCAAGCUCAUUACAAACCACCACACUAUCUGUCCUUCCCAGAUAUUUGGUGCAUCGCACUAUAUCAUGGCACAUCAUAUUACAGCAUAUCUGACUACUCUUGGAGGGCUUCAGUGCAAUGUGUUUCUUAUGUUAUAUUUUUUUAUGGCAAUGAGAGUGGAGCCAGAUAGGAAAGAAGCUAAUUUCAACUGGCUUCCUUUUAUAUAAUGCUACAAUUGCUCUUAUUAAUGGUACUCUUAUUAUCUGACUGUCUCCAGUGAAAUGUCACUGCUCGAGGAAUCAGAGCACUUAUUUUGCAUAGGCCUAGGAAACCCUGCAGAAGAGGAAUCCCAGUGUUCAAAUGGCAGUAGGACUAAGUGGCUGAGCAGUGUUACUAGUGUGAGUUUUGCCUGGGUAAAGACUACUGGACUUGCCCUCAUAUUCUUUCUUCCUGAGCCAGCCAGCAAGCUGAGGUCUCUGACCACGAGAAAGGCACCUACAAAUCCAGCGAUGUCUUUGACCUGGUAGAAACUCAGUAAGAAGAGCCUCUAGUCACAAGAGCCUCUCUGAAUAGCAGUUUGAUAUGUAAGACACUUUACCAAAGGGCUCUCCUUGUUGUUAACAAUUCCCUUCAUGCCGCUUGUACUGCUGAGCAUGGUACCAAGGAUUCACUGCAGAAGGACACAGCCCUCCUGGGGUGGGUAUGGAAGGUAGAGCUGUAGUAGGAUAGUUGUUUGUUUUUAUAUCACACCCAAUUUUGUGUGAGGGACUAAUAGCCUUUAACCAGCUGUAUCAUAGGACUAAGUUCUCCCACAGAGUUGGCCAAAAUAGAAGCUUCCUUCCAGCCUUUGCAGGUAGCCUACUAGUUAGGUUUCGCUUGAACAGAAAGCACCUGUGCCGUUGAGCGAGGUAGAAGAUUCUAGGUGUGAAAUCAAUUCAUAAUGAGCUCCAGGCCCUUCACCGUUCGCCUGUUCAUUGUUAGUAUUGCAAAUUCUGCUCUUGGGUUUCAGCUUUCAGCUUUGUGUUGAGACAACGGCUGAAUCCUGGGAAAAGCUGAAUUUUCACUCAUGCGGAAGUGACGCCAGGCAUCUUGUGAAUUUUUUUCUAGUGGGUGAAAUGCUUUAGGGCAGAAUUACAUGAAUAUUUCUGCAAAAUAUUGUGAAGAUUUGUUCUGCAGCUUGAAACACCCCACUGGCCCUGUGUGAAAAUGAGAUGAGUGGUGUCCUGAGGCGGGGAGGGAACACACAAAUGAAUGUGCCGCUGUGCUAGUUGACUGCCAUUGGCUUGGUUUCACGUGUCAAAUCUUCACAUCCAGCGAUAGCCCUGAAAAGGCUUGUGACAAACCAGUUUCACAUUAUGCCAGUAUAUGCAUGCAGUUUGCAUAAUUUGCAUAAUUGUACUCUGCAAGUUGAUGAGUUUCUGGAUAUUCUUUUGGGUGAGGGAAGUAUGCAUCUGCAGGAGUGUAAAGGUUCAGCUUUCCCAGACAGCUCAGGCCCUGGACAAGCAAGAAUGCUUUUAAGGGCCAGGUACAAACAUCACAAAGCCUCUGGGCUCUGCUUGAGUAGCUGCUGGCAAUUACCAGGCCUGAGUCUCUUUGCCCGCUAUUUUGACACCCUCUUAACUCCGGUGUCUGCAGUGAAGUUACUCCAGAUCUGCAGCAAUACAAGCCAGCAAGAGACUUGCGCUCUUCAGGUGCACAAUAAUUAUGCAAGGUCCCAGAUUUUAAAACAAGACAUCUUUCUGAAAUCUCACCAGCUGGCAGGGAGGGAUGCUCAGGGUGGAGCCUUGCCAAACCAGCAAAGCCUCCACUGCAUGAGCUCGAGGAGGGCCCAGAAAACAGAUGUUUAAAAUGGAGCAGAUAAUAAAAGCUGCUCCUGUGGACUGAAUCGUAUGCUAGUCAGCAGAACUGUCCCCUCAGAGGUGAGCCACUCUGAAGUGGGGUAUGGCCCCCAGGUAGCGUCAUGUAUCCAUGUGUUGGCAGAAGCCCUUUGCCUUUUGCAAACUAAAAGAAACAUGGGCUGCAACAGCUCCUGUGUGCUUGCCUAAGAAUACACAAAGGCACAAAGCAGCCCAACUGUCUUGUAAAGGUGCUAGAAACUGCAAAAAUUACAAUCCCAGAAAUCUAGGUCUCUACCCUGUGGUGUGCAGCUAUGCUGGCCUGACAAGAAGGAGUGGUAGGGAGGGCUCAACUAAGGUCAUCGAAGCUGGGGUGGUUCUGUGGUCUCAUUCCCUUCUUGCAAGGCUGUCCCACAGGAACAGACACAAGUGUUGACUUACUGAUACUAAUAACUGGUAAAUUCAGACAAUGAAGAGGGAGCAUUGCCUUGGGCAUGAUUCCAGCACAACACCAUUGCCUGGCAUGUAUGAAGGAGUUGGGCAUUUUAUGAUCAAUAGGAUUAUCUGUGGUUCUGCAUUAAUUAGUGUUUGGAAAUGAGAUGUCAGUGUAACAACAGCCUGGGCAGCAUUUGCCUAUUAGCAGGUGUUAAUGCAAGCUGGGGAAUGGCCAGUGGGGUCUGUGACUCACGGAGGCAGCUGACUGCCUUGUUACCCUACCCAACCAUAUGGAAGAUGGAAACAGGCCCUGGUAGGGGGAAGAAGCUGGACUUAGCGGGGUGUUGUCUGUUCCUGAAGCCAGACCCCAGGAAGAAGAUGAGGUUGGACCAGUAGGGCUGAAAUGGCAUCUUCUCAUGGCACUAUGCAUCUUCUUGUGUCUAUGAGGCUAGGGUAAGCAAUGGGUUUCUGCUUAUAAGAGAAACAUCAUGCAUUAAAGGUAUGGGCAUCUCUACAGAAUACAAGAGUGUAGAAAAAGCAAGUGCAGCAUCAAGCAAGAAAGAUGUUUUAAGAAGAGACAAAAUGUUUGGCAAUCCUGCCGGUGGAAAGGCCUCAGGAAGCUGAAUGGGUUUGUUCGGACUUUUUUUUAGAGUGAGACUUUUUUUGGUUUCCGUACGUUCAUGCCCUCUGUAGGAAGGCAAUGGCUGAGCAAUGCAGAAACAGAGAGAGGCCAAGCCAGGCUGUAGAUGCACUCCUAGGCCUCCUUGUGCUGGGUCCGUUAAAGUGUUCAGUGCUGCCAGUUUGCAAACACUCCUGCUUAACCUUUUCUUUGCCUUCAUUUGUACCCUGCAAGUGAAUUAGACAUGUGGUUACCGCAUCUUUGGCCCAAGCACCACUGUAUCUUGGUUUGGGUGAACAAAAUCCACACCCAACCUCACUGGGGCUUUGCUGAUGUGAUCUCUGCCCCUUCUCUUUUGUGAAGCUCCCUUCCCUCCCCCUCAGUCUUCUCCCCUACAGACACAAUUACAGCACAGAAAAUGCCCAGUUCCCCUCCCCUCAGCCAAGCGUAGGCCGAUGCUGAUUUAUGGCUCCCUGGCUCACAGGACCAGUCAUCUCCAAGGAGAAUAAUAGAUUGAAUGUGCUGAGCACAAGGCACAGUAAUGUGUCCAGAGUUGGAAAGGAACCACUUUGCUUGGGCUUUAGUUGUUUGUCUCAAUUAAAUCCUAAUGGUUUCAACAUAUCCCAUUCUCCAGCAUAGGCGUGGUAGACAUAGCUUUGCUGUAACACAGCUCUCCUUGCCCUAAAAGACACAUUUUCAUUGGGAAAUGCAGGAGGGAGGAGGACAAGACUUCUGUGUGCUAACAGGAGGUGUCUGGGAGCUAAAUAUCACAAGCAGUGCUCACCGUCUGUUAAAUAUUGUGACCGUCUCUCAGCUUCUUGGGGAAAAUGGAUCAGAUCAACAGCAAGUUAGCACAGCUCCAUCACCUUCGAUGUAGAUUUGCACAGCAGAAAACAUAGCCUGAUAGAGUCCCCUGCAUUUUCGAAGUCAGCACUAUAACUAUUAUGCCAUUAUAGCAAUUGCCACUAUAGUGUGAGGAAGCAUUUUGUGGGGCUUCAUAGUUCCUCCCUCAGCAUGGUUUUUCUCCUGGCAUUGUGCUGGUGCAGGAGCACAGGCACGGUACUCUCGUCCACUGCUCCCCGCUGCGUCUGAGGCUGGAUACUUCAGAUGGAGGAGCAAAUAUCCCCAUAUCCACUGAGGGCCUGAUUCACUGCAUAUGCUGACUUCAGUCAAGAGAAAGACGCCCCACAGCUCUGUGAGAAGGCUCAGGGCCACAUCCUUCGCUGAUGCAUUGUAGCUACAUCAAUUAAAUAGCUGGAGCUUGUGUACUACUUUGGCAGUACUAAGGCAGUAUGUGGUGCUCCCUGACCCCAGCUGGAAAACAGCUUCUUGCAGGAAGCAUGUGAAUUGAGAGUGCUCCUCAUCUUAUUUUCACCGAGUCGCACCCCCUGCCCCCUUUCCUGCUCUCGUGUUACAGACACAAGUGCUUCCCGAUGGGCGCCCUGGGUUCAUUAAGCGUAUUACCAGCAACUCUUCUCCUAAGUCUGGAGAAAAGCCCGGUUCUCUAUAGUGCCCCAGUGCUGGUAAGGUGUCCCUCACAAGAAGGUCUGUUCCCACAAAUGCAGACACUCGUGAAACACACUGCACCUGCCUGAAUCAAGCCGUGAUUCUCAAAUAGGCUUCCUUUCCACCUUCUGCUUGCUAAAGGCCUCAGUCACAGCCAGGGUGCCCAUCAUAGAGGACAGUCCUCUAUCGAUACAAAACCAACGCCUUUAUGUCCUCUAUUUUUCUCUUCAAGAGUACAAUAGAGGACAUAAAGGCAGCCGGUCUUGUAUCAAUAGAGAACAGAGUAGCAGAAAACUGGACUGUCCUCUAUGACGGCUGCCCUAGUCAUGGCGCUCUAGGGUCAAUGAACUUCGGCGAGCAUUUAGUUAGGUCCCACAGCAGCAUGGGUUGAAGUUUUCAGAGGUUUUUAAGCAUGUCUAACAGAAGCAAGGAGAGCCUCUGAAAAUCAGCCCCCCAAUCACCAGAAGUACUUUAAACUAAUCACCCUAAAUUAACGCCCCCGCCCUUUGAAAAUAGUAGGCGUUAGACGUCACUUGAAUGCUACUCUACCAUGGGACUGUGAUUCUCAGCUGGGCUCACACCUGCUGGAUGGAUUUCAACUCUUGCACUAUUGUUUUUCAUACUGUAUAAGCAUUUUGCAGCACUGGCACUUUUAUAUUGUGGGAGAUAAUCUAUGUACUUCCUAGAGAAUAAACUUUUUUAUUACGUUAU